AUGCUGUGGAAACGACAGCCCGGUUUUGUCAUCACGGCCUUGAUGCUCAUCUCCUCGGCCAGAUCCACCUUCGCCGCGCUGUGCUAUGCAGACUUCCAAGCUCAAGGGUCCAUCCCAGCGGGAACCCUCGACGAGCAUUCUUUUGACCUCUACCCGCCUUUCACCGUCAAGACCGCAGACCUCCAGGGUAUUGCGAAUGGUCUCCGCACCUCAACUUUCAGUUCACCACCGGCCUUCGUCGAUUCUCGAGGAAUCAAUCUGCCGCACUUCAACAACGAGAACUUCCAUCUGGGAACCGCUCAGGUGUGUUGGUUCAACACCGACUUGUUCCAAUCCACCCAUGUUGCACUCUCGGUCGCGGCUGACGACGUGGACAACAUCAUCGGAUCGUGCUGUGCCGGCUUGGAGGACUGUCCUGGAGGCGUGUUGCUGCAGACGGGGGACACCGGCCUCAACGUCACUGUUGCCGUACAGCCUGCCGGAGCCGCUUGCUGA